AUGUCGUCACAAAUCGAUAAUAAUAAUAGCAAUAGUUCAUCAAAUGAUGGUAACCAUAAUAUUGCCGAUGUUCUCUUAUAUGCCGAAUCAAAAAUCACACGAAAACAAGCUGUACGUGAAAUAGCUGAUGUUGUUUUACGUGCUAAUAUGAAGCCACGAACAGUUAAACAUGCAUUACAAUUACUUAAAGUGCUCUUACCACCUGAAAAUACUUUACCAGCUACAGUUAAUGAACUUUUUGGUGCUAUGAUGUCAUCGGAAACCGAUUGGCGUUUAGCACAAUAUUUAAUUAAACAUAAACAGCGACCAUCAUUUUUAUCAUCAUCAUCAUCUAAUAUAUGGAGUGAAAAUUCAAAUUCAAGUAUUUCUCUUACUACUGCUUCAAGUUCAUCAUCAAUGCCACAAACUCAACAAUUA